CAGGUGGUUGGUAGGAGUGUUGCUUACUUGUCAGUAUGGAUUCCAACGGGAGUGCACAUGGUAAUCAGGAUACGAUCAAAAGCGACGAAGAACAAUAUCUUGAACAGGAUUUCACGUCUUCAGAGCUAGGAACUAAAGAGUAUUGGGAUGAUGUCUACCAAAGAGAUUUACGGACCUACAAAGACAUCGGGGAUGUUGGCGAGAUAUGGUUCGGCGAAAUGAGCAUGCACCGCGUGAUCAAAUGCCUAAGGAAAGAAAACGUCCCAGCCGAUGCUGCCGUACUCGACAUUGGAACAGGGAAUGGAAGUCUACUUGUUGAAUUGGCUAAAUCCGGAUUCACAAACCUUACUGGAAUAGAUUAUUCUGCUGCUGCUGUAGAACUUGCCAAAAAUGUGCUGGAGCAAGAUGAUCUGUCCAAUAUAAAAGUUGAGGAGGUGGAUUUCCUGAGUUGUGCUGGGACGCUGACUGGGUUUGACGUGUGUAUCGACAAGGGCACUUUCGAUGCCAUUAGCCUGAACCCGGACAGUGCUGCGGAUGGGAAGGCGCACUACCUGAAGGCCCUGCAGGGCGCGCUCACACAGGGAGGCCUCUUCCUCAUUACGUCCUGUAACUGGACCAAGGAGCAGUUGCUCCACUUCUUCAGGCAGGGGUUUGCGUUCCAUCGAGAGCUGCCCACGCCCAGCUUCAUGUUCGGAGGGAAGACCGGCCACAGUGUGACAGCGUUAGCCUUCAAACGUGUGCAAUGAGAGACACGUCCAGGAUGUGCCGUCCAUUACAGAGACGUUUCCAUGGAUAUUUGAGUAACAUAGUUAAUAUGUGAAAAUUGGUGCCUCUGGACAAUUAAGUAUGAGGUUUACAGUGCCUAGCUGGCAUUUAUUUAUACAUCAAAUGGAAACACACACACAUCAUUUUUACUUUUCUGUAAGUUAUGCAGUUUCUUUUUAGAAAAGCUUGAGUUUCUUGUUAUGGCAAGACAACAACAGGUAGAUGGAUUUUCAGUCCAGGAAAAAUCCUUUUAGAUACAUUUCCACUGUCUGACUGCCAUUUGUAAUGACCUUUUUAUUGAGGGUACCAGAAUCAUACACAGUAAUAAUGCUCUGCCUAUUUAAUAAAAUUGGCAAACGAAUAAAAUUCAGCAACCAAGCUGGGGAUUUUAAAAGUUGUUUAAUAUUACUGAAAAUUGCAUUUGUGUAUGCCUGUGAAUGCCUUUGUGCUACAAAUACCAGAGUUGGACGUUCUACUGCUGUGCAUAUUUAAACAUGCAGAGAGAGGGGAAAAGAAACUGCCAUCUGCCGUUUUGCCUUCAGUUUCUGAACAAAACAACGAUGUUGACUUCAAAAAACUGAAGUCGCAAGAAGCAGUGUUGCCAGUUCAGGGUUCAACAAUAAUGUUUGCCUGGGGCAAGUACAAACAGGUGUGGAACAAGUGAAAUGACAGCUCAGGGUUAAAUCACAGUUCAGUAAGGACAAGUCUCCAUUUGUCACCUGUAAAUGAGCACAGGAGCAGAGCUGUGAGAGAAGAUAAGACAGGGGGUCAUGCUGGGUUCUGAGACCCCUCUCCAAUCAUAUAUUAUUAUUUAGUGUUUGGAGUAGAUUCAGUUUUAAAAUCUAAUUCUUGAUCUCAGAUGACUUUUUGUGGUUGUUUUUUUUUACCUGAUGAUACCGGAUAAGUGAAAUAUUAUUACAGAAGCUUUAUGUUUUUAAUUAAUGUAAUGCCCCAGCUAACCUUUGCCAUAGCUGGGUGAGUAUAAAUUUAGUUUGGGGAAGUCGAUUUCUUUAAAACUUGCCUGAAUAGGGAAGUGUGAAAAACAUUCAUGUUGAACCCUACAGGUAGUACCAACUAUCUGCUCAUCUUAUUUUCACUAAGAUGUAAGCUAAAUAUGGGCUAUUCCCUCAAAUUUCUUUCUCUUUGGGUGCUGUGGACAGAGACUGUACCUGUACCUCUGCCAGUGGUGGUAGAACAGUAGGUGGUGGUGUUGCUCUGUCAUCCUCCAUUGUCGGGGCAUAAGAAGGUGAAUGGCCUUUGUGUUCUCUCUUUGGGUUAAAACUUGCAUUCUGUGGAUUAAAAUGCAUUCCUAAACCA